UCAUUUGUCCGCGUUUGAUCACGUGAUAGCGACAACAAACAAUAAUAAAGGAUUAAAUAUUAAUUGUAUUUUCGGCCAUGUUUUAGUAGCAGUAUUAUUGAGUUAAAAUGGACACAGUAACGGGGGUUAUCUAUCGGUUGUUUCAGAUAUUUUUAUCAGUAAACCUUGUAGAGGCCGCCAGAUACUAUAGAUCAUACUCUGGUUACUAUUCCAGAUACUACACUCGUUACUAUUCGUAUUACAACUACUAUUACUAUAACUAUUAUUACUAUGAUUCAUAUUAUGGAUACGACAGUACUGGCUCUGCUGGUAAGACCGCAGGAAUAGUAAUUGGAUGCUUAUUUGGGCUAGCUAUUAUUGUUAUUGUAACAAUAUGCGUCUGCUAUCACGUACGGAAAGGAACUAAAAAAACUACUGUAGUUAUUAAACCAAAGCCAGUAAAGAAAAAAGUCAACGUUGUUACAACGGCAUCAAUUAUUGCACCACUACCACAGCCACAACCAAAUCCCUUCCAGUAUAAUCCAAAUAUUCCUCCGCCCACAUAUGCGUCACAGGAUCCAGCCUAUCCUCCACCAGCUUAUAAUUACGGAUACAGAUAAUACAGAUACCAGAGUUUUUAUUGACAAUACAGGAACGAUUGGGCAUAUUUUGAACAGUACUAUUAUGUUUAAUGACUUAGUCAAAAUAUACGUUUAUAUGAUUAUACAGUAUUAUGUUUAAUGACUUAAUCAAAAUAUACGUUUAUAUGAAUAUACAGUAUUAUGUCUAAUAUAUUAGACAAAAAUAUUAUUUAUAAUGUUGUUGUUUCAUGCCUUUGCACAACCCAUAUAAACAACAUGAAAUCGUUAUUCUUUUUAAAAUUCUCAAUAAUUAUGAAUUGUAUGGUAAACAUUAUUGCUACUUUAUAAAAUCAGGAGACCAACCAUGUGAGCGGUUGAGCAGUCAAUAUUAUAUUGUUUGCACCCAUGCAUUCUGUCGCGCAUGAUAAGUUAAAAUCCUGAAAUUAGUUUCUAUUUGUGAUAAGACAUCUAUUAAACAUUUUUUCUUCAUCUGAGACCAUGAUGUCAAGUAUAAGUUCCUUCGAAGAGAUAAACCCGUGAAUAAAUAGCUUCCUUGGAAGAUCGAUGUUAUGUAGCUGUCGUGUUAUCCGGAAAUACAAGCGCUGCAAAAUUCAAUAGAAAAUAGAUACAAACGAAAAUACCAAGAUAUGAAUAGAGAGAAAAACUGGAAAAGAAUACCCUGAACUGAAACCUCGUAAACAGGUCAAAAUAAAAAUAAAAAACUUGAUAAUAAACAAUUAGAACACACUGAAAUCAUAGAUCUUAAUCUUGAUAUGCCAAUCUGUUGAACUAUAAUAAAUAGUAAAUGUCUCUGGUCAUACAGUACCGAAUAAUCUAAUGGUAUGUCUGCUCGAUUCUUUUUUUUAGAACAAAGAUAAAAUAUGCACACAAUUCAUAUCUUAUAAUUCUAAAAAAAAUGUUAAUUUCAAAAUGCAAUUAUGUCUAAAGAUUGAAUUUGUCCCUUGCAUGUAACCAUCGCAGUAUUACUUUAUAAAUAUACAUUAAUGAUUAUGCCAAGUUAGACUGCAGCUCUUUGCUUUUUCCGCAUUCCGUAUUAUUUCGUCAAUUUUUCGUAUCAAAUAUUCAUUGGAACCUACAAUUUGCAAAAAUAACCGCACUGCCCAGUGGGGGUCAACUAAUAUAACUCCACUAUGAUUCAACCCUCAUUGAUGAACUGAAACCAAGAUAAGAAGUAUUAUUAACAAAGACUUCAUAUUAUAUUUUGGCAGUGACGUUAUUUGUAAGUCUCUUUUAAAUAUUAGCGGGGGUUCAACAACAAGAAUUUGAGCUGUACCGUUAGUUUAUUUUAUAGACUGAACAAACAUAUACAUGUAAGAACAUCAAUAAUUGUUUAUUUGAACAAAUAUUUAAUGUUGUUAAUGCUUCAGUUCCACAUAUUUCAUAAUCAUUUAUGUUUAUAUCGUCUUUUGUAAUCAUCAGACACCACAAAUUGAUGAAAGCAGCGACAGGUAUUAGCAUUUGUUUGGUCACGUGACAAAAACAUCGAUUCGUAUCUAAGGACAAGAGAUUCACAUUUUAAAAAUAGUAUUUAAUAAUGGGUUUUUAUAUCUAAUAACUGUGCAUGUUGUUACAUUUGUUUUCUCGUGUGUCAAAAUGGGAGUUAUAUCAUUGUUAACCAAUCUGAUUCUUCAAUUAUGUCUUGCAGUAGACCUAGCUGAGUGUGCUCGCUACUACCGGUCCUACUCGAGAUAUUAUUCCAGUUAUUACUAUUACUACUAUUAUUACAAUAGCUACUACUACUACGAUAGUUACUAUGGAUACAGCAGCUCUGGCUCAACCGCUACCAUUGUCGGAGCUGUAAUUGGAUCACUAGUUGGCAUAGCAUGUAUUGUUAUUGUUAUAAUUGUAUGCUAUAGAAUUCGACUGGCCAAGGCCAAGAAAACUGUUGUCUUAAAAAGAACACCACCAAAGCCCACUGUUACGCAUACUACUACAACUUUCGCUAACAGACCUCAGAUAGCACCACAACAGUACCCGACACCACCACAAAAUCAACCAAUACCUCAACAACCAAAUCCCUUCCAGUAUAGACCAAAUCUCCCUCCGCCAACAUACGCAACACAAGACCCGGCAUAUCCUCCACCAGCUUAUAACUAUGGAUAUCAAUGAACAGAAUCUCGUGCAUAUAAGAAAUUGUGCAAUCAUAUCACUAUGUGAUUAUAAAUGUUAACUGUGAUAGCAAACAAUAGGCAUUAAGACUUCAGAUAUGUUUUAUCUUA